CAGCCACCUGAUCUGAUUCAACGCCGUCGAUUUUCGCUGAGGGGAAUCAUGGAUUUUAACGGGAGCGGCGGGGGAAACGAGCUGCACAACAAUCAGUUUUAUCCGUCCGAAGAGAGCAAGCCUCUGCUGGGGGAAAUGUCCGCACAGCAGCCGCCGCCGCCGCCGGAGGGGAAUAAUAAUCACAAAGCGGGGCCCUGCAGCAAGAGGAGCCUUCUACACAGCAGCAGCGGCAUGAGAUACAAACUGCUCCAGGAGGGGGACAUCCAGGUGUGCGUGGUCAAGCACCCGCGGACCUUCCUCAGUAAGCUCCUCACCUCCAAAUUUUUACGGAGGUGGGAGCCGCACCACCUCACCUUGACGGACAGCAGCCUGGUGUCUGCCACGCCCACAGGAUACAUGGAGGCCCCUCUGUCUUACAGCACUAUCGAGGACCUACAGCUGUUAUCCUGGGACAAUGCCCCCAAAUACUGUGUCCAGCUAAUUCCCGGAGGGACAGUCCUCCUGCAGGCUGCUAACAGCUAUCUACGGGACCAGUGGUUUCACUCGAUACAGUGGAAGAAAAAGAUCUACAAAUACCGCAAGGUUCUGAAUAACCCCAGCCGCUGGGACGUGGUUCUGAAGGAGAUCAGGGCCCUGGUGGACAUGGCCCUCACCUCACCCCUGCAGGACGAAUCCAUUCAUCAGGCUCCACUGCACAUCAUCUCCACCCUGCUUGCUGAGAACACUAACCUCAGCGCUCAGGACCAUGAGAACAUCAUUGUGGCCAUCGCACCCCUGCUGGAGAAUAACCACCCUCCCCCUGACCUGUGUGAAUUCUUCUGCAAGCACUGUAGGGAGCGUCCUCGAUCGAUGGUGGUGAUUGAAGUGUUCACUCCUGUGGUUCAGAGAAUCCUCAAACACAACAUGGACUUUGGGAAAUGUCCCAGACUCAAACUCUUUACUCAGGAGUAUAUUUUGGCUCUGAAUGAGCUUAACGCUGGCAUGGAAGUGGUCAAGAAGUUCAUUCACAGCAUGCAUGGUCCCACCGGACAGUGCCCUCAUCCUCGGGUUCUCCCCAAUCUCGUGGCGGUGUGCCUGGCUGCCAUCUACUCUUGCUACGAGGAGUUCAUCAACAGUCGAGACAACUCUCCCAGUCUCAAGGAAAUCCGAAACGGUUGUCAGCAGCAAAGUGAGAGGAAGCCGCCCAUGCCUUUGCGUCUGCUGCGGCCUGAGCCGCCCACGCCACCCCCGACCACCACCCUCCCGCCUCCAGCCCUGCCCCUCUCACCACCACCUUCCAUCGUCAACUCCAGCGAGAUCCUGGUAGAGCGGCGCAACAAUAACACCACCAACACACUGCGCACCCCUGCAGAAGGUGACAGCGAGCCCAACCUGAUCGACUGUCUGCUGGUCAGCCCCGCGCUCAAUGCCCUGUCCAUUCAGCUGCCUGCCCACGCCGACAGAGUGCUGGGAUGUUUCGCCCUAAUCCUUAAGAUGUUAUCAGACUAUGAUGACUGGAGACCAGCACUGGCCAGCCUGCUUCAACCAAUCCCUUUCCGAAAGAGUAAGGCGGCCCUUGCACAUGCCAAAUUCACAAAGUAAAGCUGAAAAUAUGUUAUUCAGAGGUUUGCUGAAGAUUCCAGACAAGAGGUCCACUCCUGUUUGCUCAGCGUGCGCUCUGGAAAAGACAGGUGGUUCCAGCUCUACAGUCCAGGAGGCGUAGCUUGCGAUGAUGACGGAGAGCUGUUUGCUAGCAUGGUCCACAUCCUCAUGGGUUCCUGCUACAAGACAAAGAAAUUUCUCCUGUCGCUGGCUGAAAAUAAACUGGGACCCUGCAUGCUCUUGGCCCUUGGUGAACAGACCAUGGUGGAGAUCCUGUGUUUGAUGCUGGAGUACAACAUCAUAGAGAACAAGGACACUCAGCUACAGAUCAUCUCCAUGGAGAGCACCCAGGUCGGCCUGCGCAUGUACGAGCAGCUGUGCGACAGACAGAGGGAGCUUAAAGAACUGCAAAGAAAAGGAGGCCCUACUCGACUCACUCUGCCCUCUAAAUCUCACGGUAAAGCAUGUUAAAUUGAUGCUGACUUGGCUCGUCUGCUGAGCUCUGUCUUCGGCAAUCUGGAGAACCUCAGCUUGGCGUUUACCAACGUCACCAGUGCCUGCGCCGAACAGCUCAUCAAACUGCCAUCCCUCAAACAACUCAACCUAUGGUCCACCCAGUUUGGAGAUGCUGCUCGUUUGCUAUCGGAGCAUCUGGCCUGUCUUCAGGUUUUGAACUUGUGUGAGACUCCAGUCACAGACGCUGGCCUGCUCUCCCUCAGCUCUAUGAAAAGCCUGUGCAGUCUGAAUAUGAACAGUACUAAACUCACAGCGGACACAUAUGAGGACCUGAAGGCCAAACUACCCAACCUAAAGGAAGUGGACGUUCGCUACACGGAGGCGUGGUGAACUCGAGGAGAUUAUAGACGCAGGAAAUCGC